UUUUUGAAAAGAUGGCGCAGGAAAGAGGCAGUGUAAUUGUUGUUACAGUGGUGCUGAGUUUGAUUCUGCUCCAGUAUUGUGAGUUUUGUGAAGCUGCAACUCACGUUGUUGGGGGUCCUGGUGGUUGGACUUUCAACGUUAAUAAGUGGCCUAAGGGUAAAACUUUUAAGGCUGGGGAUAUUCUGGUAUUCAACUACAGUCCUUCCCUUCACGAUGUGGUUGCUGUAAACAAAGGUGGUUACCGUAAUUGCAAGACCUCAAGAGGUGCUAAAGCUUUCAAAACUGGGAAGGACCGAAUUAAGUUAGCCAGGGGACCAAACUACUUCAUCUGCAGUAUCCAGGGACAUUGCCAAUCCGGAAUGAAAAUAGCCAUCACUGCGAAUUAAGUUAUCCGUAUGUAUUUAUUCAUGUACUAAAUAAACUGUUUAUGUGUGAUUUGCUAAGUAUAAUGAGUUAUGGCUUUUAAAUAUGUAGUUUGCUAUUUUGUUUUUAAUAAAUCAAUAAUAACAUU